AGCCCAUCCAGGCAGCACGGCUGGCUGAGCAGAGACAAGGGUUGCCCACAUUGGGGCUGAUAGAGGAAGCCGGCCCUGACGGAUGGGUGGUCUCGCCCUUCCUGGGUUCGUCCUGCUGCAGGUGAGCCUGAGUCGCAGAUCAGGAAGCACCGGGAAGAUGCAGGCCUGCAUGGUGCCAGGGCUGGCCCUCUGCCUCCUGCUGGGGCCUCUCGCAGGGGCCAAGCCUGUGCAGGAGGAAGGAGACCCUUACGCGGAGCUGCCGGCCAUGCCUUACUGGCCUUUCUCCACCUCUGACUUCUGGAACUACGUGCAGCACUUCCAGGCCCUGGGGGCCUACCCCCAGAUCGAGGACAUGGCCCGCACCUUCUUUGCACACUUCCCCCUGGGGAGCACCCUGGGCUUCCAUGUUCCCUAUCAGGAGGACUGAAUGGUGUCCAGCCUGGUGCCCGCCCGCCCCGCCAGGCUGCACUAGGUCGGGCCUCCACAGACAGGGAGUCCCGGCAAAAACCUGGCCCCUGAGGGGAGUCAGGCCUGGUCUCAUGCUCAAUAAACUCCGGACUGAAGAUG